GUGCAUUCACACUGUGCUCUCAAACUGUGAAAAAGAGUUACAGCGCAAAGAGUAGAGCUGCUUUUACCUUUGCCUUUCAUUUACCUGCACAAGAUCUAAAACCUACAGGCUUUUUACAGGUUUGUUUUUUAUAUUAUUGCAUAGGUUUUUUUUUAUACUGCAUCACACAUAUCAGAGGGAUUUUUUGGUGUGCAUUGCAUGCAAAAAGUAAAAUUCAAGUGUCAUGGAAAAGGAAUUUUUAUGGAAGAGCAUCGUGACGAGCAGAGGAAAAUACCCAGAGGAACGGCAGGGUGGGAAAAUGUGGCAUUCGGAGGGGAUGGACAACAACCAAGUGGAGAGGAUCUUUAAAAAGAUGGAGGAAACAGGAGAGAGGCGGUGCGGGUUGAGAGGAGAGGAGGGGUAGAGGGACAUUGGAUGGCGUGAGGACCGAGGCCGGUGGUUGGUUUGAUCUGAGCCACGUGUGCGUCCUGCUACGUCUCUUCGACCCUUCAUGGAUGUCGAUGAAGCGUCGGCUUCCCCCAGCCGCCCGGUCCCUUCUGUCUUGGCCCAGGUAGGUUUUCUGACAUGAGAUGAUGCGUGAGAAUGAAAUCAGACGGCCGUACUUCAGUCUGUUACUCGCCACUGGGUUUACAGCUCAAUAACUAGUGGCAAAGUGCCUAUGAAGCAGGCGGGCAGCUGUUCGGGAACAAACUGUGGUUGUUCUGGGUUGCUCCAAGAUAUGAAUCCCUUUAAGCAAAUGACUGUGAAGCGGAACAGAGAAAACGUCCACUGAGUACAUUCGAGGGAAAAUGUCAUCGCUCUGCUCCGUGAUGAAGUUCAACCGGGGAUUCAGGCUGAGAGAAAUGCUCCACCUCCACAACACGGGGCGGCCUUGAACUCUGCAGCGCCUCUCUCUCUCUCUCUCUCUCUCCUCAGCCAUGAUUGUAACUCCAAGCUGAUAGUAUGUGAUCAACGGCGCCGUGGCACCCGACAGUCCCACAGCUUCUCCAACUCAAUAAAGCCUAAACUGGAAUAUUCAGUCAAAAUGGCAGAAGCGGGUUUCCACCUCAAAGCGCUGAACAGCGCAGAGGACAAUGAGCUGCAGCAAGCUGACCUCCCAACGUCGUCAUUAGCAUCCCUCCAUCUCAGGGACCGCGCUGCGGCCAUCAACCAGAGCGCCAACCGCACGGGGGAUAAUCCUGGGCCUCAUUCUGUAUUUUCUUCGUCGUCACUGCUUAACCAAUCACAACGGCAAACAGACGUACCCGUCGCUAGCAGGCCUGAGCCUUCACCAGCAGCUCCAGAGUUCUCGGAGCCUGAGGAGGACCAAAACGGCGGCGAGCCUUGCUCUCGCACCCUGACUGCGCUGCUGCAGGACUUCUCCUCCCCCGUCAAUCACGAUGAGGUGUUUGACGCACUAAGAGCCGACGUUGUCAAGGAGGGAGAACUUCAACCUAAGAACAACAUGACCGAUGCAAUGGCAGCAUGCGACUGCAGCUCUGAUGACAACCAUCUGUCGGAUGCUGAGUGGUACUGGGGAAGUACUUCCAGAGAGGAAGUAAACGAGAUGAUGAGAAACACCCCUGAUGGCACGUUCCUGGUCCGUGAUGCCUCCAGUAAGGUCAAGGGGGAAUACACUCUGACUCUUAGGAAAGACGGCUACAACAGACUGAUAAAGAUCUUCCAUCGUGGGGGGAAGUACGGCUUUUCUGAGCCAGUGGGCUUUGCCUCUGUGGUGAACCUGAUCCAGUUUUACCAGAAUAAGUCUCUGGCCCAGUAUAACUCAAAACUGGACACAAAGCUACUCUAUCCCAUAACCAGAUACCAGCAGCAACAGAUUGCGGUUGACAUUGAUGCAGUUGGAGAGCAGCUGAGGAUAUUUCAGGAUCAAUACAAAGAGAAGAGCAAAGAGUACGAUCGUCUGUUUGAGAAGUUUAACCAAACCUCUCAGGAGCUGCAGAGCAAGCGGACCGCCAUCGAGGCUUUCAGUGAAAUCAUUCGGAUCUUUGAGGAGGAGUGUGAAACACAAGAACGUUACAGCAAAGAAUACAUCGACAUGUUCAUGACAUUAGACAGCAUCACACAGACAGACAAGAUUCAAAACAAUUCCGAUGAGCUGCAGUCGAGGGUGGAGGAGAUCCACAACAGCAAAAAGAAGUUGGAGGAGGAGCUGAGGAGGAAGGCGGUGGCCCACAUGGAGGUCGACAAGAAAAUGGACAGCCUGAAGCCCGACCUGGUGCAGCUCAGGAAGAUCCGAGAUCAAUACCUGCUGUGGCUCACUCAGCAAGGCACUAGACAGAGUCAGAUAAACGAUUGGCUGGGUAUCAAGAACGAAGAAGAAGACCCUUACACUCUGGCAGAAGAUCCCGACCAGGAGGAAAGAAGCUGGUACGUUGGCGGUAUGAGGCGAAGGGAGGCAGAAGAGCUGCUGAGAGGGAGGAAGGACGGGACCUUUCUAAUCAGAGACAGCCAGACUCAGAGAGGCUCCUUCGCCUGCUCUGUUGUUGUGGACGGGGGUGUGAAGCAUUGUGUGAUCCACAGAACAUCCACAGGCUACGGCUUCGCUGAGCCCUUCAACCAGCACCCGACGCUGAGGGAGCUCGUCCUGCACUAUCGCCACACGUCCCUGAUCCAGCACAACCAGCAGCUGAAUGUAACGCUGGCCUGGCCUGCUCUCAGCCAGCAGCCCAGCUGAGAGACACCAGCGCCACGCCACCUCCACCAAGGCUUCACUAUGUCCACCCCCAGGCGCACCAACAUGGACACCGUUGCCAGGCUAACAAAGUACCGGUUUGUGUUGUCACCCCUCGUCACCAGAAACGGUUUGUGUGCUUACCAACACUGGUGAGAUGCCACAGCAAACAACUAUUACCCAACAACAGUCACUCAAAAGCUUCGCCGAGGUGGCGUAGAGCAGAUUUUGAACAGCUUUUCUCCUGAAGUUAUGAGGCUGGUUAGUUGAUGGUCACCGUAAAAACAAAAAUGGUUGCAUUUUCACGGCAGCUCUGUGCUCAGCUAGCCAGUUUAUUUUAUGGAGCUAUUAUUGCUAAUACUAGAAAUCCCAUUUGCUCAACAUCUGCUUGGAAAAAAAACACAAUUUGGAAGUACUUAGCUGAAUUCAACAUUGAACUACACACUGAUGAAGUACUGGAAUACUGCCUCCACCUGAUCACAAACUGAUGAUGGUGCUAAAGCGCAGUGGUUUAUAAUGACAUUAAAAGGUUACCACAGGAGAAUGCUCUUUAGUUGUCAGAAUACUGAUACUUUACUCCUUUCUGAGCAAAACAACCAACAUUUUGGCUCGCUACUUUCAAGCAUAAAUUAUUUUCCUAGUGGAGAGAAAUUGAAUUUAUCUAAUUUAUCUAUCUAUUUAAAUUCCUACAUUAAAUAUAUAUAUAUAUAUAUAUAUAUAUAUAUAUUUAUUUUAUAAAAGUAAAGCACAAGAAAUCCUAAGUACCUGAAAAGGCAAAUAUUAAGUUUCACUCCACGGUUGAUGUAUCUUAAAUACUUGCAGUGUUUAAGGUGCUUCUAGGUAACUGAGCUCAGGAUGGGACUCACAUUUGCACUGUGGGUGGUGCACUAUAGAGACUGAGGUGACACACAAGCACUUUAUCUAAACAAGACAACCAGAACACAUAAGCACAGAAAUGAGAGUUGGAGAUUUGUGAGACACUCAUUUCACAUAUUGAUGUUGCUGGUUGAAAAAAAAGUUUUUCUGUGGAAGUUAUUUUCUUAUUGUCAUCUUCAUUCUGCACUUUUCCACAGUAUUCUCCUGUCAUCGAAAUAGGAAAUAGCAUGGCAUGGGGGACUUCUGUGGUAUGUUUAUACUUCAUACCCCUUAUGUGUACAAGGUUUUUAGUUAUUAUGGAAAUCAAAUGAUCGGCAGAUGAAGAUUUAUGUUCUUAUAAAAAUGAGACAAUCAAGCUUAAAUAGUUGUAAUCUGUAAGUGUGUUUGUUCAACACGUUAAGGUGUUAAGCGUAUAAGCGGGUAUUAACUGUGAACCAGCAGCACUGAGGCACAGGAAAACAGUUAAAACAUUUCUUUGAGUGAUGUACUUGCCCAUUUGUGAAUACCAACCAAAUAAGCAGUUGCUACGGCACAUAGAAGGCCGUACUGCUUCCUAUUAACAGUUGAUUAAUCAGACAGCUGUAUUUAAAGUUCUAUAUUUUUUCCAAGGAUUCAGCUUUGAUACGUUUCUGGAUGCAGUGGAGGUAUUUUUCAAAAUUUGGGUUGGAAAGUGCCCUUAGAUGUUCCUGUUGCAGCCAGCGUGAUUUAUUUGUCUUACUCUCAGGAGAGAAUUCUUGUCCCCUAAAUGAGUAUGAUGUUGGGUAUAAACAGCAAUCUACUAAUGGCCCAAACACAGAGGUUGUGUCAAGCUGGAUAUGGGGCUACAGUAGCACAAAUACUCUUGUAUACCUUCAAGGAGGCUAUUAUUAUCAUCAAAGCUAAUUAUAAUCCCCAUUAGAUUUUAAAUCUUUACAUUUCAUUGGGCUGGGUAUCGGUGCUCAAUAGCUUUAAACGGUACGGACCCAAAUAACCCAGAAGAACAUUGACACCUCUUGACUGAAAUUACACCUUACUCCCGACCAGCGUGGUGUACUACAGUAAAAUAUGAGGAAAUUAAGAUUUUUAAAUUCACUUGUUAUAUAACGGUUGGAAUACAGCAGCAGAACAAACCUAUAGACCUAAACGAGAGUCACAUGUCUGGCCCAUCCUGGUCCUGCGGCCCUCGGGUUGGGAAACAGGGACUCUUCUGAACGUGCAUGUGUGUGUGGCUCUAAUAGUAAAAACUAUUUUUAUAAGCAGAAAUAUGGCAUUGUUAGUUUUGGGUACCCAUUAAUGUAUUUUUUCCUGUUUAAUGGGUUACUUUGAAUUCACUUUGCUCUGAGUGGUCACAAGUUGAAGACUCCUCAGUUAUCCGUUUUCUCCAAUUCCUAUUGAAUGGCACUUUGAAAGGUGUAAAUGUUGGAUUUUUUGCAUUGCAUUGUUGUUUUGGAACAGA